AUGUGGAUGUGUACAAGCAAUAUUUAAUAAUAAAAUCUCGAAAUGUCGCAAGAAGCAGCAGCAACCACAACUAAUGUCAGUCUGGCAACACCGUCAUCAAAUAGUGACGACAAAUGUCGCAAGCGCGCUUUGUCACGUUCAGAGCCGAAAUCCAUAAUCGAAAUACACAUAUCUAAUGAGAUUCACAGCAGCGAUAACAGCUGUAAACGUGCCAAUUUGGAACCAGAUCCUCAAGCAGACAUGGAACAGCAGCAAGAACAGCUUCAGCAUCAGCAGCAAGAGCAUCAGCAGCCAAUCAAUGUUAUCGAACUAAGCAUUGAGGAACAGCAGCGUGACAGCGAUAAUCGCGCCAGUUGCCAAAUCUUUUUGCAGCAUUUGCCCUGCUUUAAGCUGCAGCAAUUGAUUACAUUGACGCCCAUACCGAAAUGUCGUGAAUGUCGACGCCGUAAUAUACUGCCGGCAGCAACAACAGCAUCAGUUGGUGGCAUUGGCAGCAGUACCAGCAACAACAGCAAUAAUAAUGAUAUCUACUGUCGCUUCUAUGAGUUUCGACGCCUCCAAUACAAUGCCGCCGGAGAGUUAACUGUUGCCGGUUUUCCCAAUCCCUACCAGGAGCCGAAAAGCGCUGACUACGCCAUUUGGCAGCCCGAUUCAAAUACUGCGCCUACCGCUGGCUUUAUGGAUAUACAAGUGUGUCGAUACAUUUUGUUGCAUGCUGGCGAUCAGUUUUGCUAUCUGUGGCGCCAGGAGGCGGAGGCGUUGAAGCUGCACGAGAAUCCCGAUGGUACGAUUGCUUGGAAGAAAGCUGUGCAGGGAAUACGUGAAAUUUGCGAUGUUUGCGACACGACACUAUUCAACUAUCACUGGACAUGCAGUAAGUGUGGCUUCGGUGUGUGCAUCGAUUGCUACAAAGAUCGCAAAGAAGGACUACAAAAAAAGCGACGAGUCGAAGCUCAGCGAGGUCACGAUGCUUAUCACUGGCUGCUCUGUACCGACAACGACAAGCAGGAGCAGCACACAUUGCCCGAGCUGAUGUUGACCCAAAUCAUUGCAGGCGAUGCACUGAAUGUGCUUGGCCGCUUGUUGCACGAGGUGCGCACGUUGUGGCAGGUGCCGCAAGUGUGUGGCUGCUUGCUCAGCAAACAGCAAAUAAAGGACGAGCAGUUGACAGAGCUUAUUCAAGACAUGAUCAAGGAAUCGCAGCUGAAGCAACAAACUAGCGCCUCUUCCCUGGCCACGGCUCAGAAGGUGCAGCAGCAACAGCGGCUGGAGCAGCUGCACGCUAAGAAGUUGGAAUUCGCGCGACAAAAUGGCAUUGACUAUGUGCCCGGUCGCGUCUGGACAAAGGAAACACUCGGCAAGGAUCCUAUCACAACUGCUUUUGAUAACUUUAAGCACAUCAACUUUCUGCGCAAAGGUCUCGCUGGCUUGCGGCGGUUUUUGCCACCACGCGCCAUGACCCUGGCGCAUUCGACGCAACUGGCACCUGGCGUUCCGCAUGAAUGGCUGUGCGAUGGCAAAUUGUUGCGUCUCACCGAUCCUAUGCAUCCCGAUAAUCGGGUACUUUUCCAAGAGGUGUGGAAAUGUGGGCAGCCCGUUAUGAUAUCCGAGGUGGCACGUUCACUCAAUCUGGACCUUUGGCAUCCCCAGGCCUUUUGCCGUGAUUUUGGCGAUAAGCCGAACGAUUUGAUAAACUGUCUCAAUGGCAAUUUGGUGCCCAAUCAGCCGAUGCGUCACUUUUGGGAGGGUUUCCAGUGCAUGCACAAGCGCCUGCUCGAUGUUAAUGGGAAGCCGAUGCUGCUGAAGCUCAAAGAUUGGCCACCCGGCGAUGAUUUCGCCGAAAUAUUGCCCACACGUUUUGCGGAUCUGAUGCGGGGUCUGCCCAUGCCAGAGUAUACGCUGCGCACGGGCAAUCUCAAUAUAGCUAGCUGCUUGCCUAAAAUGUUUGUGCCACCCGAUUUGGGGCCGAAGAUGUAUAAUGCUUAUGGCUCGGCAUUGCAUCCCGAUAAGGGCACUACCAAUUUACAUCUGGACAUAUCAGAUGCAGUCAACAUAAUGGUCUAUGUGGGCAUACCUUCGGAUGAGGACAGCAAGCCGCAGCUGGCGGCCACACAGCGUGCUAUAGCCCUGGGCGGCUGUGAAUAUAUCACACGCGCUCGUUGCCAGUCGCCAGAUGUUCUGCCUGGUGCGUUGUGGCACAUCUUCCCGGCACGUGAUGCGGACAAAAUACGCGAUCUGCUUAAUCGCGUCACCUUGGAGAAGGGCUUUAGACUGGAGCCGGAUCAUGAUCCCAUACACGAUCAAAACUGGUAUCUCGAUGACAAGUUGCGUGCGCGUCUGUUCAAAGAGUAUGGCGUGGAGGGCUAUCCGAUUGUCCAGUGCUUGGGCGAUGCAGUCUUCAUACCUGCAGGUGCGCCGCAUCAGGUGCAGAACUUGCACAACUGCAUCAAGGUAGCCGAGGAUUUUGUUUCGCCAGAGAAUAUUACGCACUGCUAUCAUCUGACACAUGAGUUCAGGCGGCUCUCCCAUUCACACACCAAUCACGAGGAUAAGCUCCAGAUCAAGAACAUUAUCUAUCACGCCAUUAAGGAUUGCUGCACUAUAUUGACUCGUGCACUGGAGGAACGCAUUGAUCUAGAAUUGGCCAAGGCGCAGGCUGAACAAUAGACCCCCUUAGCGAACACCUUUUCGUAUUUUAAAAGAAUUAUUGUACUCUUGUCCGAGCUAACAAGAUUUACUAUGUACUUAGUUUGCUUAAGUUAUAUUUAAGCAUAGAUAUACUCUGCAAAACUUAAUGUAUAACUGUAUUAUAUGGAUUUCGGAAAAUGUAUUUGAUG